AUGGGGGACCAACAGUGCGAAACUGUUUUAGGAGCAAUGGGGGACCAACAGUGCGAAACUGUUUUAGGAGCAACGGGGUACCAACAGUGCGAGACUGUUUUAGGAGCUACGGGGGACCAACAGUGCGAAACUGUUUUAGGAGCAAUGGGGGACCAACAGUGCGAAACUGUUUUAGGAGCAAUGGGGGACCAACAGUGUGAAACUGUUUUAGGAGCAACGGGGUACCAACAGUGCGAAACUGUUUUAGGAGCAAUGGGGGACCAACAGUGCGAAACUGUUUUAGGAGCAAUGGGGGACCAACAGUGCGAAACUGUUUUAGGAGCAACGGGGUACCAACAGUGCGAGACUGUUUUAGGAGCCACGGGGGACCAACAGUGCGAAACUGUUUUAGGAGCAAUGGGGGACCAACAGUGCGAAACUGUUUUAGGAGCAAUGGGGGACCAACAGUGUGAAACUGUUUUAGGAGCAACGGGGUACCAACAGUGCGAAACUGUUUUAGGAGCAAUGGGGGACCAACAGUGCGAAACUGUUUUAGGAGCAAUGGGGGACCAACAGUGCGAAACUGUUUUAGGAGCAAUGGGGGACCAACAGUAUGAAACUGUUUUAGGAGCAAUGGGGGACCAACAGUGCGAAACUGUUUUAGGAGCAAAGGGGUACCAACAGUGCGAAACUGUUUUAGGAGCAAUGGGGGACCAACAGUGCGAAACUGUUUUAGGAGCAAUGGGGGACCAACAGUGCGAAACUGUUUUAGGAGCAAUGGGGGACCAACAGUGCGAAACUGUUUUAGGAGCCACGGGGGACCAACAGUGCGAAACUGUUUUAGGAGCAUUGGGGGACCAACAGUGUGAAACUGUUUUAGGAGCAACGGGGUACCAACAGUGCGAAACUGUUUUAGGAGCAAUAGGGGAUCAAAAGUGUGAAACUGUUUUAGGAGCAAUGGGGGACCAACAGUGCGAAACUUUUUUAGGAGCAAUGGGGGACCAACAGUAUGAAACUGUUUUAGGAGCAAUGAGGGACCAACAGUGCGAAACUGUUUUAGGAGCAAAGGGGUACCAACAGUGCAAAACUGUUUUAGGAGCAAUGGGGGACCAACAGUGCGAAUCUGUUUUAGGAGCAAUGGGGGACCAACAGUGCGAAACUGUUUUAGGAGCAAUGGGGUACCAACAGUACGAAACUGUUUUAGGAGCCACGGGGGACCAACAGUGCGAAACUGUUUUAGGAGCAAUGGGGGACCAACAGUGUGAAACUGUUUUAGGAGCAACGGGGUACCAACAGUGCUAA